AUGGAGAUGAACUCGUGGGGCUUGAGCGUUUUGCCGAAAUCGACUGUGAGGUUCGAAGGGAUCGAGAAUUCGUCGAGCAUGCAAAGAGGUAUAGCCCCACCACAGGGCUUGGCAGCUUCUGGGCUGCGCUCGAAUAAGUAUGUCUCGAUGCCGCCUGAGGCAAGAGAUUGGGCUGCGGAGGACCCUGCUGGGCCCCCGCCAAUGACCGCGGCCCGUAAUUUGGAGGUGUGCUUGAAGCUAUCUGGGAGAUAUUCUCUUAAAGCAAACUCACUAGAUAACGGCGAAAAGCAGCUUGAAUCUUGGUAGCAGCCUGAUUUUGAGACGCUACUUCGUGUUGGGGACUAAUGACACAAAUAUUACUCUGUUCAGCUGUUUGCCAUGUCAGCCUUUCUUUUGCAGGAGAUGUUUCGGGCAGUGGGGACAGUUUCUUGAUCUUGAGCAGUCGGAAGACCCAUCUCGUUCGCUUCUCCUU